AAUUUAUGGCCAAAUAUCGAUUCAGGCCAUAUCGAUAGAAAAGAUUAGCAAGGCGUUGUCCUUGACAACGCUUCACUUGUUGUUUCGCUUUCGAUUUAAGUUCUAAUCUAGCCAUGUCCAAAGCCACUACCAUUAAGGAAGCCCUUAAACGUUGGGAAGAUCGGGAACAGGAAAAUUCAGUCAAUGCCAAGGACAUUGACUUGCAGUUCCAAUGGCCACCAAUCGAGAAAAUGGAUGCAACUCUCGGUACUUUGGUCAAUUGCGAAAGGAUCAGCUUAUCCACCAAUAUGAUUGAGAAAAUCUUUGGCCUUUCCGGCAUGAAAUGUCUCAAAGUAUUGUCCCUAUCGCGCAAUUAUAUAAAACAAAUUUCCGGAUUGGAGGCUGUGGCAGAGACCCUCCAGGAACUGUGGCUCAGUUACAAUUUGAUAGAGAAAAUCAAAGGCCUGACAGGUUUAAAAUGUUUAAAAGUUCUUUACAUAAGCAAUAAUUUGAUCAAAGAUUGGUCGGAAUUCAAUCGUCUGGCCGAAAUCGAAACUUUGGAAGAUUUGGUAGUUGUUGGUAAUCCUCUAUCCGAAGGUCUUGAUGAACCCACUUGGCGGGCUGAGUGCAUCAAACGAUUGCCCACAAUACGUAAACUGGAUGGCGAACCAGUUGUUCUCAAUGAGGAGCCACAAUUAUAGAGAUAAUUUUAAAUAUAUA